CUAACGUCCUUUAGCAGUUGUGGGAGACCAGCGGUUCUCCUCUCCCCUGCCGGGUCCCCACAGAGGACGUCUCUGAGACACGGCCCAGACGCUGUAAUCUGAGUUGUGUGAGCAGAAGGAGCAUGCUAGGAGGGACAAGAUGGGACGGAACCUCUGCACUGGACACUCUGUGGGGUACCCAGGACAGGACAGAUGAUUCUGUGAUGCAAGGUGGGAAAUAAAACAACAAGUCAGGUAUAAAACUCCUCAUUAAGAACAUGGGGCAAUCGGACACUCUGUCCUUUUACCCUUUAACUCUGAAACUCGCUCUGUUCUUCAUAUUCCUGUCCAACGAGCUCCGACAUGCUGCUGCUGGAGGCUCCAAGCUUCACGAACCUUCAGAUCCAGCCAAUAGCACAGAAACCUGCGCGGGUAGCUAUGAAUGUAAAGAAGGAGUGAUCUUGCCAAUAUGGAGGCCAGAAAACCCCUCGUUUGGAGACAAGCUGGCGAGAGCCACCAUCUACUUCGUCGCCAUGGCUUAUAUGUUCCUCGGGGUUUCCAUCAUUGCGGACCGCUUCAUGGCGUCCAUUGAGGUCAUCACAUCACAAGAGAAGGAAAUCACGAUCAAGAAGCCGAACGGGGAAACCACGACCACGACGGUGCGCAUCUGGAACGAAACCGUGUCCAAUCUGACCCUAAUGGCACUGGGAUCGUCUGCUCCAGAGAUCAUGCUCUCUGUCGUUGAGGUCUGUGGACACAACUUCGAUGCAGGUGAACUGGGGCCGAACACCAUUGUGGGCAGCGCCGCUUUCAACAUGUUUGUCAUUAUCGGACUUUGUGUUUCCGUCAUUCCCGAUGGUGACCAUCGCAAAGUCAAGCACCUCAGAGUGUUCUUUGUGACUGCAGCUUGGAGUAUCUUCGCUUACACCUGGCUGUACAUGAUCCUGGCUGUGAUUUCUCCAGGUGUGGUGGAGGUUUGGGAGGGCCUAGUGACGCUGUUCUUCUUUCCCAUAUGCGUGGUGUUCGCGUGGGUCGCCGACCGCAGACUUCUCUUUUACAAAUACGUUUAUAAAAGGUACAGAGUCGGAAAGCAGCGAGGAAUGAUCAUUGAGACUGAAGGAGAACCAGAACUUCAGACAAAAACAGAUGUGGAAAUGGAUGGACAGAUGCUCAGCUUUCUAGAUGGAACUGUGAAUACGUCAAUGGAGAUGGACGAGGAGGAAACCAAGAGAGAAAUUGCAAGGAUUUUAAAGGAACUGAAACAGAAACAUCCAGAAAAAGACAUGGAGCAGCUCAUGGAAAUUGCUAACUACCAACUCCUUAGCCAGCAGCAGAAGAGUAGAGCAUUUUAUCGCUGCCAGGCCACGAGGCUGAUGACUGGUGCAGGAAACAUCCUAAAGAAACACGCAGCAGACCAGGCCAGAAGAGCACUCGGCACCCAUGAACUACGAUCUGAGGUUUCUGAAAAUGAUCACUCCUCAAAGAUCUUUUUCGAUCCUGGUUCAUACCAGUGUUUGGAAAACUGCGGCUCAGUAGCUCUGAACGUGGUCCGACGUGGAGGCGACUUGACCAGCACAGUUUCUGUGAGCUACCGAACUGAGGACGGCACCGCCAACGUGGGCUCAGAUUAUCGGUUCACUGAGGGCGUCAUUAUCUUCAAACCAGGUGAGACUGAGAAGGAAAUCCGAGUAGAAAUUAUUGAUGAUGACAUCUUUGAAGAAGAUGAGCAUUUUCUGGUUCAUCUGAGCAAUGUCAGGGUUCUGUCUGAGGGAACAAACCACGAGGACUUGAUGUCCAAUCACAUGGACAGCCUGGCAGGACUGGGACUUCCAUCUACCGCCACGGUGACCAUCUUCGAUGAUGAUCACGCUGGAAUCUUUAUGUUCGAGGAGCCAGUGAUGCACGUCAGCGAGAGCAUCGGGGUGAUGGAGGUGAAGGUGGUGAGGAUGUCUGGAGCUCGAGGGGUUGUUGUGGUUCCAUAUAAAACCAUCCCAGGAACAGCUAAAGGGGGAGGUGAGGACUUUGAGGAUACCUACGGAGUCCUGGAGUUCCAGAAUGACGAGAUCUCUAAAUCUGUUCAGAUCAAUAUUAUCGAUGAUGAGGAGUACGAAAAGAACAAGAACUUCUUCAUGGAGCUUGGAGAGCCACGAUUGGUGGAGAUGAGUGAAAGGAAAGCCGUCUUACUGCAUGAGUGUGGUGGCUUCGUAAAGACAGACAAGCAGCUGUUUGGGAGAGAUGUGUACAGGAAAGUGCAGGGUAGAGACAACCCAGUCCCCUCUGACAUCAUCACCAUUACAGAUGAAGGAGAGAAGUGUUCUCUCUCUCAGAAGGAGGAGGAGGAGAUGAGGAUCGCUGAACUUGGACGACCAUCUUUAGGAGAAAACUCUCGACUGGAAGUCAUCAUCGAGGAGUCCUACGAGUUCAAGAGCACAGUAGAUAAAUUAAUAAAGAAAACUAACUUGGCUUUGCUGGUGGGGACAAACAGCUGGAGAGAGCAAUUUGUGGAGGCUAUUACAGUCAACUCAGGAGGUGAUGAUGAUGGUGAUGAAGAGUGCGGUGAGGAGAAGCUGCCGUCGUGUUUUGAUUACGUCAUGCACUUCCUGACCGUGUUCUGGAAGGUGGCGUUUGCGUUCGUUCCUCCCACUGAUUACUGGAACGGCUGGGCGUGCUUCAUCAUCUCCAUCUGCAUGAUCGGUCUCCUCACGGCCGUCAUCGGAGACCUCGCCUCACACUUCGGCUGCACCAUCGGCCUGAAGGACUCGGUCACUGCUGUGGUGUUCGUCGCCCUCGGCACCUCCGUCCCAGACACGUUUGCGAGUAAAGUAGCAGCGAUACAGGAUCAAUAUGCGGAUGCGUCCAUCGGGAACGUGACGGGCAGUAACGCCGUGAAUGUGUUCCUGGGUAUCGGCGUGGCCUGGUCCAUCGCCGCCAUCUUCCACCAAUGGCACGGUCGGGAAUUUAAAGUGGCACCGGGAACCCUCGCCUUCUCUGUCACACUCUUCACCAUCUUCGCUUUUAUCUGCAUCGCCGUCCUCAUGUACCGGCGUCGACCCAACAUCGGGGGCGAGCUGGGCGGGCCGCGGAGGUUCAAAAUGCUCACCAGCGGCCUGUUCUUUAGCCUCUGGCUCCUCUACAUCGUCCUGUCUUCACUUGAGGCCUACUGCCUUAUCAAGGGCUUCUGAACACACACACACAUACACACACAUACACACACAUAGACACAGGACAGCGUAGCUUAAUACAGGAAGUGACAUCACUGUCACAUUUUAAGAGACUCACUGCAUCAUCAAAGACGUCUGAGAAUGGCCAUGAGCAAGGAUACUCACCUGGGGUGCGAAUAACCAGCGCCAUAAAUACGAGAAAGAAAGAAACAGGACAUAAACAAGACAAGUGACAUCACGGCACUGUGUCUCAGAGACUGCUGGGUCAUUACAGACUUUUACAACGAAGCAACAAACAACAUAAUUCAAAUGUUCAGGUUCUGGAGCAGCCACUAGUGCUGCUAAUGUGCAUGGGUGUGUCCUCAUCACUUCCUACUUCCUGUCACAUGACUGAGCUCACUCAUCUUCAGACUUGCCCAUGACUUUGUCCUUGUCUUUGGGGGAACGGGUUCUGCAUGCGUCUGACCCUGACGUUGUAUAAAAACCAGAGAGAUUCGCUCUGAUGAGCUGCAGGUUGUGUUGCCGUGGAGACUAACCGUUCUGCGAUGGGACACACCCACUCUGCUCUGAUUAGAAGUGUUCUAUUAGAUCCACUGCUGUUUUUAAGCACCUUUAGUUCCACAGUGAAGACUUUUUAUAUGUAAAACCGUGUGAAGGUCACGCCGGGGGUUUAACGUGAAACAUGAUGCUCAUGGUGGACGUGGCCUGCUCAUGUCAUGUGACAUUCUGACGUCACUCAGCAUUGCUCCGGCGUUACAGCUGAUCUAAGUGAUGAAGAGUUUGCACACAAACCUAACCCCGCCCCUCAUUCUGGUAUAACCCCACCCCCUCAUAGAACUCCUACAUUAUUCCCUCUUUAUGCUCACACCUGGAGCCUUGCUGUGGGCGUGUCCUUCAGUUGCCAUGGUUACAGUGUUAGUGGCUCCCCAGCGAAGUGUCAGAAUAUAUGAAAUAUUAAACUACAGUACUUAUAUUUUAAAUGUUUGAUCUUCAGAUUUGCUGGUGCUUAACCACUGUGAAUAAACACACACACACACACACACACACACACACACACAGAUCCAGUUUUUAAAAUUGGGGAAAAAUAUCGGAAAAGCCGUGCGCCCUGAAUCCUGUUCACUUCUUACAUUAAUAAAGUUUGCUCAACUUCACUCCA